AGAGUGAUGUUCAACACCAUUGGCGCCACUAUUGUCUUCUUCAGCAAUCGUUUUGUUGUAUUAUUAUUACGAAGACAACACACAUACAUACAGUACUUUUGUUUUGAUACAUCGGUAGCGCCAUUCAUACCAUAGCGACAGAUCUGUGCCAAUGAUUUUCAACCAAAUGAAGACUUUGUCCGACCAAUGGGUGUCACUAGUGAUGUGAUGUCAUUUGCGAAGAGAAAGGACAGACAGAGAUAGGUUUGGUUAUCAUUAUUGUUGUUGUGUUGUGUUUAUUGAAUCCAUGAAUGAUGAACUGAUUCGCGCCGGCGAUUGAAUCUCCGGCGACGACAACAACAAUAACAACAGUUGUGUUCAACACUUCUUAUAGUUGAAGAAGAAGAGUUGUCUCCUGUCAUUUGAUUUGACUGACAAACAGUCCAUCAGUAAAGAAGUGACAGAAAAGUAGACGAAGAGGAAGAAAAAGGAAGGAAAAGAAGAAGGAAAAUAAUGACCGAAAAAGAUUUCCAGAAGUUUUACCACGAAGUGAAACACGUGGAAAAAGAAGAUUCAGUGUACACGUCGGCCAAACAGUUGGCCCGACUGUUGAGGCCCGGCUCGACGUACGCCAAUCUGAAUCCGUUUGAGGUACUACUAGUCGAUCCAGAGGACGGCGUCGAUGUUAUCAAACGCCAGUACAAGAAGCUAUCGAUUUUGUUACAUCCGGACAAAAAUCCGGACGACAGAGAUCGGGCACAGACAGCCUUCGAUGUCCUUAACAAAGCCUAUAAGUGUCUGGAAGCGGAACAGACCAGAGCCAGGGCUCUUGAAGUAGUAGAAGAAGCGAAAUUCAAAGUAAACCAAAUGAUCGAUGAAAAGCGAAAAAAAUUGAAGAAAGAGAGAGGACUGACACGCGAUAGGGAUGCCGUUGUCGAUGAAGACGAUCCGCUGAAGUUUAAACAGGCAGUCAAAGUGCAGACAAUCAAACUGUUUGCCGAUUACGAACGGAAACGUCGGUCGCUGGAGGACAGGGCUCAGGAAGAAAGGAAACGCAAACGCGAACAAGAGAUCGACGAAGAAGAGACCAAACAAGUGGAGAAGGAAUGGACAAAAAAUUUUGAAGAAAGCCGACAGACACGGGUCAACUCGUGGCAAUCGUUUAGUAAAAAUAGUAAAUCCAAACGUAAAGACAUUCGGCCGCCAAAACAUAAAGCCGAGACACGUUAGGAACCAAUAGUAGAUUUAAUUAAUGCCUGUCUUUUUACUACUACUACUACUACUACUACUACUACUACAACCACUACCAUACCAACUGUCCUACUCUUGUUGUUGUCUAACGUAUCGAUAAUUUUUGUUUUUUUUUUUGCAUUUCAUUCAACUGUCACUCAUAUAUCGAUAUAUAUAUAUACCGUAUAUUAUUAUUAGUAUUAUUAUAUACAC